GAAAUUGUUGUAACUGACAUUACAUCUGAUUCAGCCUUUCUCCAAUGGAAGGACUACUCAUCAGGGUCCUAUACUCUCAUGACGUCACCAACCGGUGCUGUGGAGGCCGUAGGGGGCAUAUUUGAAGCUGAAGUAGGGCUUACGAUCUUGAUGCCAGAUACGAUGAUUAGUGCCAUGGUCAGUGGGGGAAGUGGAGGGAUGGUUCUUGCUUCGGUAAACUUUACGAGUGGGAGCCCAGAUGAACGCAGGAUAGAAAUGACUACUGAGCCGCGUAACUCAGGCUUCACGAGUGGGAGCCUAGAUGAAUGUAUGAUGGACAUGCCCCCUCCGCGAUGUAACUCAGGCAUCACCCCUACCCAGCAUCGGGCAUGUCUCGCCAUCACCACACUAUUCCUCUUCUACACAACUUUGCUAUUGCUCUGACACCACGCACUGUUUGCUUAAUGUUUGCCCUAAUGUAAUACCAAUUGUUCAUUACUCUAGUUGAUAUUUUGUUCUUUAAAUAAAGCAAUUGCAUGACUUUUUUUCUUGAUUUGACACUUAGAUUCUAAUUUCGUCAUCA